AUGUCUCUAGAAACCAAAAAUAAUGACGAACCCGAUGAAAAGUUCACCUCUGCCUUUGCCCAUUUGUACAAAACCAACGGCCAAACAACCAGUGAGCUGUCGCAGCAAGAAAGACGAGAAUUCCUACUGAAAGAGCAAAAAGAGAAACGACACAGCUUGGUUGACCGGCAAAGAGACUUGUCUGAACUGUUUUCAGAGGAGGAAGAUGAAGUACCAGUGGAAGACAUGGAAGUGGAUCCUCAACAAAAACCCAAAAAAAAAGAUAAAUUUUUCCUAAUGUUUUCCGAAUGGUUUACAGAUGUUCCAAUAGAUUUGGAAGACAACUGGCUAGUAAAAUUAGCCCCUGAAGGCUUCCGGGUAUUAGUCAUAGCUAAAAAAUUCCGCACAGUAGUACUUAAUGAAAGAGGUAAAGUAUUAACACUAAAAACCCAUUUCCCUGGAGGUGGCUUGAACAAACACCAUGGCCUUACAGUAUUGGACUGCAUUUACAACAAAUCAACCCAAACAAUUUUUGUAUUAGAUUGCCUAUUUUGGAAUACUAUGUCUAUGCUAGACAGUGAGACUACUUUUAGGUUUUACUGGCUGGAAACUCAGUUUAAUGAAAAUUCCAAGUUACUUCAAACAAGCAAACCACAUAAGUUUCAGCUAAUCAAAUUCUUUCCUGCAGAAAAAUCAUUGAUUCAACAAAAAGUGUUUGAGAAAUCUACAAGUGUCUUGGACACUGGAAUAGUGUUUUACCAUAAGGAGUUGCACUAUGUUUUUGGACAAACUCCUUUAUUAGGGUGGCUUUAUACUUAUAUGUUGCCGGAAAAAUUAGGCAUAGAUGUGCCAGAGGAAUUAUUAAAUAAAAUGCCUAAAGAUUACAAAUGCCUUGAACAAUAUUUAGUAACUUUGGAAAAGAGGCAAGAGUUGAAAAGGAAAUCAUACAAAGAGAGGCGACAAGCAAAAUCUAAUUUAAUGGAAACUUAA